GGCUUUGUCUACGAUAUAGCUGGCGCCUACCUCUUCAUCCUUCCCUCCUCUCAGGCCACGCAGCGCAAGCGCGCCCCGCCCUGCUUCUCCUCCCUCGCUUCCCCUCCCCCCUUCCUUCUUUCUCCCUCUCAGAACGUUUGUGCAGCUGUGUUCUGAACUAGCUGCUCCAACCUUCCGGGAAACCUUCUAUUGAUAAAGAGCGCUUUCAGCGGAGAGGGGAAAAAAAAAAUCUAUCUAUCUAUCUCAUUCUCUUUUCUCUGUACAUAACUUGAGACAAGCAAAAGUAAAUUUUAACCAUGAGGGAAAUCGUACAUAUCCAGGCUGGCCAGUGUGGCAAUCAGAUCGGUGCAAAGUUCUGGGAGGUGAUCAGUGAUGAACAUGGCAUCGACCCUACCGGCACCUACCACGGGGACAGCGACCUGCAGUUGGACCGGAUCUCUGUCUACUACAAUGAGGCCACUGGUGGCAAAUAUGUACCCCGGGCUAUCUUGGUUGAUCUUGAGCCUGGGACCAUGGACUCUGUUCGAUCUGGACCUUUUGGCCAGAUAUUCCGACCAGAUAACUUUGUCUUUGGGCAGUCUGGGGCAGGCAACAAUUGGGCCAAGGGCCACUAUACCGAGGGGGCAGAGCUCGUGGAUUCAGUCUUGGACGUGGUGCGCAAGGAGGCAGAGAGCUGUGAUUGCUUGCAAGGCUUCCAGCUGACCCACUCACUUGGUGGAGGCACAGGCUCAGGGAUGGGUACCCUGCUCAUUAGCAAGAUCCGAGAGGAGUAUCCUGACCGCAUCAUGAAUACCUUUAGUGUGGUUCCAUCACCAAAGGUCUCAGACACCGUGGUUGAGCCCUACAAUGCCACCCUCUCUGUCCACCAGUUAGUAGAAAACACAGAUGAAACCUACUGCAUUGAUAACGAAGCACUCUAUGAUAUCUGCUUCCGAACCCUCAAGCUGACCACGCCAACCUAUGGUGACCUCAACCAUCUAGUCUCUGCUACCAUGAGUGGUGUCACCACCUGCCUUCGCUUUCCUGGCCAGCUUAAUGCUGAUCUCCGAAAAUUGGCUGUAAACAUGGUCCCUUUCCCUCGACUCCACUUCUUCAUGCCUGGCUUUGCUCCCCUUACCAGCCGUGGGAGCCAGCAGUACCGUGCCCUAACCGUGCCUGAGCUCACCCAGCAGGUCUUUGAUGCCAAGAACAUGAUGGCAGCAUGUGACCCUCGCCACGGGCGAUACCUCACUGUUGCUGCUGUUUUCCGUGGGCGGAUGUCCAUGAAGGAGGUGGAUGAGCAAAUGCUCAAUGUGCAAAACAAAAAUAGUAGCUACUUCGUUGAGUGGAUCCCCAACAACGUCAAGACCGCUGUUUGUGAUAUCCCACCUCGUGGGCUCAAGAUGGCUGUCACUUUCAUUGGCAACAGCACUGCCAUCCAGGAGCUCUUCAAGCGCAUCUCAGAGCAGUUCACUGCUAUGUUCCGGCGGAAGGCCUUCCUCCACUGGUAUACAGGGGAGGGGAUGGACGAGAUGGAGUUCACCGAGGCUGAGAGCAACAUGAAUGAUCUCGUUUCCGAGUACCAGCAGUACCAGGAUGCCACCGCUGAAGAGGAGGAGGAUUUCGGUGAGGAAGCAGAGGAAGAGGCCUAAAAGAGAUACCCUGCCACCUCAGUCUUCUCAACUCUCCCAACAUUCUUUCCCCAUCACCCUUUUCCUCUAAAAUUUGCAUUUUCUGCCUCCAUCUUCUUUCUCUCCUUUGUGGGUGCUGAGCUCUCUGCCCUUUGUUCUUUCUUUAUGACCUGUCAUCUCAGUAAUACACUCUGCCUCUUCACUCCAAGAUUUCUCUCCCAGAAGCAGGAUGUCUCCAACCCAGAGCCUCAAUUUAGGGGCCUUUGUGUCUACUAAGUGCCCUGAACUAAAAUGGUGACUAAGAGGAAAGGUCCAGAACUCUUUGGCUUCCCUUGUAUGGAGGAGGGAACCAAGAUAUAAUAUUCCUAGUUAAGAGAGUUCACUUGGUGGGUAUUUAGGAGGAAAGGAGGAAAUGGAGUGUUCCAUUCCAUAAAAGUCUGUUGGGGGAGCCAGGCUUUCUAUUCUAAUUACCAUCUUCAGGUACUUCCCAACUUGUCCUAUUCUUACCUCCAGGUGCCCCUUUCCUUUCUCUCUCUCUACUCUCCAGUUCUGGGGUAAGUGUUGACAGUAUUAUUUCCCACCUUCCCAGUUUUGGUUUCUGUCCCAAGUGUUCCUUUUUCUUUGAAGGGGUCUGUGCCUCACUCUGCCAGGUGGGCUCCCCCCUCAGGUCUUUGCUUCCCCUCAUUUUGGGAACUAUGUACUCUUCCCCAGUCUGAGAAAUGAGAAGAGAGAAUUGCCUCAACUUCCCAAAUUCUAGAAAAGUCCCUCAUUUGGGGAGGAUUUCAAUUUUACCCCACCCCCAAAAUCAAUUCCCUUGAAGAGGAAGGGAGCAGGGGGGUAACAAAAAAAAAAACACCUUUCCCUCCCCCCCCCCCCCCCCAUCACCAAAUCUUUCCUUCAUUUUCUUUCAUCCUUUCUACUUCUGCAGUUUCUAUCUUUGGCUCUUUCCCUGCCCCCCCACUUCCUAGGUUUCUGUUUUGUGUUGAACUUGCUGCUUUUUUUCAUAUUGAAAAGACGACGCCCCAGAACCCAAAAAUAAACAGGAAAUGAGGAAAAACAAAAA